GUCUCCACCUCCUUCUUCUCUACCUUUCCUUUUCUUCAUUUCUUUACUUCCUUCCUCUUUCUCCCUACUCCUUCUCCAUCCUCAGUCUCUUCUCCCACUUCGUUCUCCCAAAACAUUCUCCUGUCUCCCUUCCCAUUCUUUCCCACUCUUUUCCUCCCUCCCCUUUGUUCCUGCUCCUUGUCCGUACUCUUCCACCAUCCUCUUACUCCUUUCCCUGCUCCUUCCUCCAUUUCCCUUCUCCUUCUCCCUUUUGCAUCUUUCUCGUCAUUUCCUCCCCUUGUUUAUUUUUCCUCUUUCUCCACCUUUUUCUCUUUUUCUUUCUUCCUGCUUCCUGGUAUUUUAUUGUCAAUUUGCCUGAUAAUCGGCAGCAAAGCUUAUAAGGCAGACAGUGCACGGUGGGCACAGAGGACUCAAAAUGUGGCGGGGGUCGGCAGUGCGUAAUGUCAGCGGUUGCCCAACGCACUGAAAACAAAUUUCAAUAUGGCGGCAAGUAACCUUUCGAAGGAUGCAGUUCGAGAGGCAGUUAUUUAAAUAUGUACAGUAUAAGCUGAAUCUAACAAAACCAAAAUAAAAAACCUUUUACCUCUUACUCAAGUCUUCGUACUUUAGCUUUCUUAAGAUUUAGAUCUCGCGCUGCUGUCAAAACUUUUUCAUGUUCAAGGGCAUUUCUUUCUCGUAGCUCUUUCAGCCCCCUCAUCAUAACUCCAACAUUGAAUCUUGCGUACACCUUUUUCUUCGGCAUAGGCAUCCUCGUGCAGGUAUUAGAUAGUGUUUACUUAUCUGUUUAUCUUUCCUCUGUUCGAGAACAUAUCGCAUUGAUAAGCUAAAGAACGCCUGAGGCUGAACUUUCCUCCCAAGAACUGUCACCCAGAACUGCUUCACAGAGGUACCUAUCGAGCAAGUAACCUUAAUUAUAAAAUGACUAAAUAUCGGUGUGUAAUAACAGAUUUUAACAAAUAAAAAACAGAGGUUUCUUCUUCAGGAAUUGCUUUUCCCAGAACAUUCAAAUUUGCCACUGAAUAAUGAUCCACGCAAAAGCCUUUUGAAAUCGAAAAUGCACAAAAAAAUAAGACAUAACAAGAGGAAGAGCAGUUUUCACAAUACCUUAAGCAGCAAGAUCUUUUUCGUCGAGUUAAACAGAAAAAAACCACACAAGUUUGGUACCGUUUGAAAGCUAAAAGCUUGAAGCUAUUUUUGGCGACGACCAUUUGUGGCAGAUGGCAGUAUCCGCUUACCUAUUAGUGCAAUGGGCUCAAAGUUAAUGAUUUACAUAACAAAAAGAAAGCAGUUUAACCCCCACCCCCAAGGGGUAAAAACUUCCCGCCAUUUUGAAAACGGAUUUCGCGGCCACAUUUUGCGCUCUCUGUGCCCACCGUGAUGUAAGUUAGUCACUAUAAGGUUAUUUUAUGAUAAGGUUUAUGACAUGCUCUUGUUUUGUUUAAUUUUUAGUUCCUCACUCUAAACCGACGAGCAUUAGGAAACGUGAUGCAAGGAAAUAUUAUCAAUAUUGUUUCCAACGACGCUAAAACCAUCGAACUACUAGGCGUUCCACUUCUGGCCAUUUUAUUUUCUCCACUAGACAUCGCAAUCUCCUUGGCAAUUGUUUGGAUGGUAGGCUCCUGGCAAGGGUUGAUUGGAACUUCUUUCCUUGUUAUUGUGUUUGCCUAUGGAUCGAUUGCAGCCAAAAAAGCUGGGCAGUUGCGCAGAAAUGCUGCAGAACUAAUCGAUAAACGAUUGUAUUUAAUAGAAGAGAUUACUAAGGGAAUUCGAGCUAUGAAGAUGUACGCCUGGGAAUGGAACUUCAGAGUUGCAAGAAUAAGGUUAGUGCCGGUGAUUCAUUAUGAUGAUCAUUUUUUACUUAACUUCUGUUGUAGGAAAGAAAUCUCUUUCAUCCGCCUCAGGGUAUUCAUCAUUUCCAGUAUCUACGCAUUGUUCUUCACGAGCUCUGCAAUUGCAGGCCUCAUUUCAGUCACGGCUCUUGUUCUCACAGGAAUAUCACUGACACCAGUACAAGUUUUUACAUUGCUUUCAGCCUUAGCCAACAUUAAAUUAAAUGUGACUCUGUUUAUUGCAGAAUCUCUCCGCUAUAUCGCAGAUGCAAAAACCGCGUGCAACAGGAUGCAGGGGUUUCUUGAAACCGAAUCUAUUGAUUCAAUAUUAACAAGCCAAGGGCAGCAUCCAAAAAAGAUCAAGGUUUACUUUAGAAAAAGAAAAUACAAACAUCAUUCUGUUAGAAUUGAGAGCUUUAGGUCCAGUAAACCGGUUUUGCUAAGUGCUCGUAAAUUGGAAGAGACACCUCAGCACACCCCAUUCCAGAUUGUCCUCGAGUGCAUCUCGUGUUCUUGGGACCAGCUGCUGGAACGUCCCACCUUAAAAAACGUCUCACUGAAAGCUACCAGUGGACAGCUUGUGGGAAUAACAGGGCCUGUUGGAAGUGGCAAAACAUCUUUAUUGAUGAGCAUCCUAGAGGAACUUCCAGUGUCAGCUGGUCAAACCUCCUGCCUCGGGAAAAUUGCUUACGUCUCCCAGACACCUUGGGUAUUUUCUGGAACAAUGCGAGAGAACAUUCUAUUCGGAAAGACUUUUGUUGAACAAAAGUAUUUUGAAAUUAUUCAAGCAUGCGACUUGACAGUUGAUAUAUCACGUUUUCCAAAAGGUGACUUAACCGAGAUUGGACAACGUGGAGUGAUCCUCAGUGGUGGUCAGCGAGCACGUGUUAGUCUGGCACGCGCAAUUUAUGCAGAUGCUGAUAUCUACCUAUUGGAUGAUCCUCUUAGUGCAGUGGAUGCCAAAGUCGGUAAACAUUUGUUUGACAGAUGCGUCAAGGAAUUCUUGGACAGACGAAUACGUAUUCUGGUCACUCACCAGUUGCAAUUUCUGAAACAGGCAGAUUAUGUUGUCAUGCUAGAGAGGGGCUUGGUUGUGUACGAGGGAACAUACGAUGGAUUGGAGAGACAAAAGCAAGUGACAGGAAGCCAGGUCAAUGACGAGAGAUGCGAACAGGAUAAACAACAUGGGGAAGACAAUUGCGAGUACGAAACAAUUAGAUCGUUUAAUGUCGAAAAACAGAAUGAAAGAAUAGAUCUCGAAGAAGAAGACGAGGACAGAAUGGUUGGAACCGUCAAGUGGUGGGUGUAUUGGAAAUAUCUUAGAGCUGCUCUGCCAACUGUUUCGAUAGCCACCCUUGCUGUAUUCUUCGUUGUUGUUCAGUUGUCCUGGAUUGCACCCUAUUGGUGGCUGUCCCGGAUGACUGAGAUGCCAUCUGAACAACAGAAAAAAAACAUUAACCUUGUGGUGUACGGAUCUAUUGCUUUGGUAUCCUUGCUUCUUACGAUAGCAUCCUCCUUCUGUUUCUACCUCGCGGCUUUGAGGGCGUCGGAAAACCUCCAUGACCAGAUGACAACCACAGUUAUGAAAGCAUCAGUUCUAUUCUUUGACACAAAUCCAGUUGGUCGCAUCCUAAAUCGCUUCUCUAAAGAUAUUGGUUGCAUGGACGAUUUGCUUCCAGGGCAACUCCUUUUUGCUAUCAAACUGCUGCUGUAUUUUUUCGCCGCUACCAUUCUCUCAGCGGUCGCAAACGUAUGGCUAGUCAUCACUUGUGCACCUUUGGCCUCGCUAUAUAUUUACUUGACCAAAUACUUCAUGAAAUCCGCCCGGGAAAUAAGGAGACUAGAUUCAAUGACGUGCAGUCCAGUGUAUUCCUGUAUCGCUGACACUGUGGCAGGAUUGGAAGUAAUUCGCUCCUCGGAGAUGGAGAAUAGUUUUCUUCACAGACUUUAUAGGUUGGUCACAUAUCUACAUUCAGUUUUGGGUAUCAUGGAUUGUGCCAAGUUGCUGACCACCAAUUCAGUAUUGAGGUGCAAUGAAUAUUCUUACAACCGAAAUUUUACGAUAUUGCAGGGGCUCGAGUAUUAUCAAGACAAAGAGAAAACUACCCUUAGAACACCUGUCAGGAUAAUUGCAUUCUGUCGAUUUGUUGAUUUGAAUGAUGAUAGAUGUCCAUUUUUAGCCUUAGCAGGAAUGUCCUUGGCGUUCGUAAUGGAAUCAUUAGAAGUGUGUCAAUACGCGAUUCGCAUGGUCUCAGAAGCAGAAAGCCAUAUGACGUCAGUAGAGAGGGUGUUGAAUUACACCAACAUUGAAUCAGAGCCUGGAUACAGCACUGACACAGUACCAGAUGAAUCCUGGCCCACAGUAGGAAGCUUAACAUUGCACGACUUGUCUUUGUCAUAUUUAAAAGACGCCCCAGCAGUUUUGAAAAGCAUCAACAUCAAUGUCGCUGCGAAGGAGAAGAUUGGCGUUGUAGGUCGAACCGGAGCUGGGAAAUCGUCUUUAGUGGCGGCUCUUUUCCGAAUGCCAGAGCCUGAGGGUCAAGUCAUUAUAGAUGGUGUGAACAUCAAGGAUCUCAAUCUUCAGGCGUCUCGCAGGUCCAUGGCCGUAAUAACCCAGGAUCCUGUCCUCUUUAGCGGCAGCCUCAGGAAGAACCUAGACCCUUUCUCUUUGUAUCAAGAUCAUGAUUUGUGGCGUGCUUUGGAAGAUGUGCAGUUGAAGACCCUGGUGCAACAAUUACCUGACCAGCUGGAUUACAAGUUGAGAGAGUCUGGGAGCAACUUCAGUGUCGGAGAGCGCCAAUUGGUCUGUUUAGCGCGUGCGCUGUUACAAAGAAGUAAGAUCAUCAUUCUGGACGAAGCCACUGCUAAUGUGGAUUUCAAGACAGACAGACUGAUUCAAGAAGUUAUACGCAACAGAUUUAAAGAUUCCACAGUAGUAACCAUCGCUCAUCGCUUGAACACCAUCAUGGACUAUGAUAAAGUGUUGGUUAUGGAGCAGGGACGAGUGGUUGAGUUUGACAAACCUGAAGUUUUGCUUCAAAAUAAGAAUGGAUUCUUGGCUCGUCUUGUUCAGGCUUCUAACUCAGCUUGCCCUUAAAACAGUAGUCUUUAAACCUGCUAAGACUGGAAGAAAACGUUAGGGAAUUUAUUUCAAGAUACAAAACAAGGUCAGGCUUGGGUUAAUACCCCGUAUAACCCUUAUACCUAAAGUAAGGUUUAAUUCUGCCGGCGUCAAGGUAACUUUCGCGAGAGCUAUCUCAACCUUUUAGUUUUAUGACCGGACUGAACCCCAGAAAUUCGUCGUUCUCGCUAGAACUACCUCCGCAAAACAAUUUUUCCUCCGCUGUGAUUGUGUAGUUAAGACUGCAAACGAGCUUGGAGAUUUUUGUUUCAGGACGCGUGGUUCACCAUUUUUUGGUCUAAUUGUAUCCUCCACGUCUUACUCACGCAACGCGUGAGUAACAUCCGCGGAAGAACUCGGUAUCAUGUCUAAAAAUAACUUAAGAGGGAUUACCUUGGGUAUAAGGCUUAGAUAGGGGUUUUACACUUUACCUUGAUAUUUUGUUGCAAGAUCUUAUCAGCAGUAAACUAAGUAUCUUUUGCAGGCUAGAGGUAACUAUAGCAAAAGGUACUGAAAAAUAUCUUCAACAAACGUGAACGAACGGCUGAGUCAUCCAAGAGUUUUAAGGAUUAACUUAAUCUAAGGUUCUAGAAAAUGAUUCAGGGUGAAUCCUAGAAAUGCGUCAGGGGUUCAAUUUUCUCUGUAUGGGAUAUGUUUUUUUUUUUCUGACACCAAUCUGCGUAAACAACUAUUUUGAGGCUUAAAAAGUUGAAUUGUUUAAAUAAAUUGAUCUCAUAAGCAUUUUGCUUAUUGGGUUUGUUAGAUUUGAGACAAAGCAAUGGUUUCCUACCUUGAAAUAAUUUUAAUACUAAUUUUGUGUUCGGUUUAGUCUCCCUCGACUGCGGACUGAGAGUCAAUUUCUAAAAAAG